AUGGCAACCCGUUCCCGGAGCUCCGCUUGUCCCCAAUCCCCUCUCAAUCAAGGAGAGCUGGGACCCACUCUUCCGGCAACCGCUGUUGAGCCAACAGACCUCAAACCAGAGGUCUAUGGGGAAGUCUCCCUCAGCCAAGCAAUCUCCCUUAUCCUGGGAUUGCAAAACCAAGUCCUCCGGCUCGAGCGGGAACUCAAGGAAACCAAGGAAGCAGCAAAGGAAGCCCAAGACUGGAUGGGAGCAGUUGACCAAGCCCUCACUCGCAUUGAGGCUAGGGGUGGAGCCCUGCACACACCAGAAGACCGGAAACCUCCGGCAGUUGAGGCCACGCCCAGGCCCUUAUCAAAAACCAACCCUCUUCCAGCGCCUAGUGCGCCCCUCAUCACCUGGGCCAACCCUACCAGAGCUCCCCCCGCCUUUGCUCAGCCUACUCCAGUCCAGGCCUCCCCAAGAAGCUAUACUCCCCCUCCGCCUUUGCCUAUCCAACUCCGUUCCCCUCAAGUCCCACAACCAGCGGUCCCUGUAGCCGCUUAUCAAGCCCCAGUUAAGGUGGACCACCCUGACGCCUAUAUGGGGAAGAUAGGGAACAAAGCCCGCCAGUGGCUCACACGGAUGCUGGCAUGGGUACGUCUAAACCAACGGAUGUUCCCCACGGAUCAGGAGGUCCUGUCAUUCCUCCUGAUGAACAUGAAGGACGUAGCAGGUGCCUGGGCUCACCCCCAUCUCAAUCAACUUGGGUCCCACAGGGCCCUUAUCCAAACAGUUGACAAAUUCAGAACGGAGUUCUUGGCUGCAUUUGGAAACCCAGAUGCCACGCAAGCCGCUGAGCAGCAAAUUACACAACUUACUCAGACAGGAACCUGUGCUGAGUAUAUCACAAAGUUUAGGACCAUUGCCAUGGACCUAGACUGGAACAACACCGCCCUUUGUGGGCAAUUCGCACGCAGCCUCCUGUUGUAG